CGCCCGGGAUAAAGGCGAGCGGCGCGGGAGCCCGCGCUGUCCUGCGGGUGCCGGCUGAGGGUUCCUGGUCCUGUGGGCUUCCCGGAGGGCGCCAUGAGCUGCAUCAACCUGCCCACCGUGCUGCCUGGCUCCCCCAGCAAGACUCGGGGCCAAAUCCAGGUGAUCCUCGGACCCAUGUUCUCAGGAAAAAGCACGGAGCUGAUGAGAAGGGUCCGCCGCUUCCAGAUUGCGCAGUACAAGUGCCUGGUGAUCAAGUACGCCAAAGACACCCGCUACAGCAGCAGCUUCUGCACACAUGACCGGAACACCAUGGAGGCAGUGCCGGCCUGCCUGCUCUGGGACGUGGCCCAGGAGGCUCUGAGUGUGUCCGUCAUUGGCAUCGACGAAGGACAGUUUUUCCCUGACAUUGUGGAGUUCAGUGAGGCCAUGGCCAAUGCUGGGAAGACCGUGAUUGUGGCUGCACUGGAUGGAACUUUCCAGAGGAAGGCUUUUGGGACCAUCCUGAACCUCGUGCCACUGGCGGAGAGUGUCGUGAAGCUGACGGCUGUGUGCAUGGGCUGCUUCCGUGAGGCUGCCUACACCAAAAGGCUGGGCGCGGAGACAGAGGUCGAGGUCAUCGGUGGAGCCGACAAGUACCACUCGGUGUGCCGCCUCUGCUACUUCAAGAAGUCCGUGGGGCCGCCGGCUGGGCCAGAGAACAAGGAAAACUGUUGGCCCGGCCAACUGAGGGGCGGAGGAGGCCUGCCCCCUGCCAGCCUGCACCUGCUCCCUUCUGCUGCUCCCCCCUGGCGUGGCCUUCUCAGAGGAGGAGGUCUGGGGAGAGGAGGUUUCACUGCGUUUGUGGAACUUUCAGCCUUACAGGAGGUGUCCUUUCCCCAGGUUGGUGAUGUACAUGUCACAGCCCCGCCUCACCACCCCCGGGGCCCCUUCUCUGUUCCCUUCCCACCUGCUGCUGCGCGUCCCUCCUCUGGUCGUGAGGGACAGAACCACAUGCUCUUGUGACAUCGGCGCCGCCAGCCUCUUCCCCCUUUGCGGCGAGUGCUGUUGGGUUUCUGUUCUUGCUGGGAAGUCCAAGCCCCAGCACUGAGUGCCUCGUCUCAUGCAGGCUCCCCACCACUCCCCUGCCCCGUCUGUCUGGGGUGGCCCCACCCUCCCCAGGAAGCCCCCAGCUUCCCUUUGGGCUGACCUUCUCUGGAAUUAUCUUCUUAUGUGUGGGUGGCACUUCCCCUGCUGGGGCCUGGAACUCAGGGGCUUUUCAAGUGUGUGUGCCUGGGAGGGGGGGGGGCCAGGGUCUGAGAUUCUGUUGGAGUACGUGGAAUGAAUAACUAAUAUUAAAAUUAAC